AUGGAUUUGGCAAGAGUCUCUUUGUCUCUUUCGCUGAAGAGGUUUGCCUGUGAACUUGAGGAUUUGGUAAGCUGCGAAGCAAAUGAGCUGCUUGAGGGGCCCCAGGGCCCUCCAAGUCUCCAGGGGUUUGCUGCUGCUCCCAGCAGCAGCACGAACCCAAGAGGGCCCAAACUGAGACACACCGAAGCAGCAGCAGCAGCAAAGCAGCAGCAGCAGCAACAAACAGCAGGAGCGGAGCAGCAGGAGCAGCAGAGCAGCAGCAGCAACAGCAGCACCAGAGCAGCAGCAGCAGCAGCAGCAGCACACGAGCAGCAGCUGCAGCACCAGCAGCGGCACCCAACCAGCAGCAGCAGCAGCAGCAGCACCAGCAGCACCAGAGCAGCAGCUGCAGCAGCAGCCGCGGCACCCAACCAGCAGCAGCAGCAGCAGCAGCAGCAGCAGCAGCAGCAGCAGCAGCACCUGUCGAAGUUGAAGGACCCCACAGAAGCCCACAAACGGUCGGCCACGAGAUUCUUUGCAUGA